AUGAGUCUCCUCAAUAAACCCAAGAGUGAGAUGACCCCAGAGGAGCUGCAGAAGCAGGAGGAGGAGGAAUUCAACACAGGUCCCCUCUUGGUGCUGACCACAGAGAUGUGGACUGAGGUCCCCAAGAGCAGCAAAGGUAAGAAGAAGUCCAAGCCUGUUAACAAGGACCGAUACAUCUCCAAUAUGUUCCUGCAAGGGGAUUCGGUCAUUGUGGUGCUGCGGAACCAGCUCAUCGCCGGCAAGUAG